CACGAGUGUCUUUUAUGUUGUUUUAUGAAUGGCCCCACCAAAAAACCUCCAUUAAAAUGUUCCACACACAACAAAGAAAGUUGUGGCCUCUGUUCAUCCUCCUUUAUAAACCUUCACUCUAAACCUUCCCUCUUCACUCUCAUUCCUCUCUCUCUCUCUCUCUCUCUCUCUCUUCCACAAUUCUCAAGCUCAGCUCAAACUUCUAUCAUGGCGGCAGGACUCUCCGCCGCCAUAACCAUGAAGCCCCUCCUCCGUUUCCAGCAAUCCUUCUUCCCCAAACCAACUCCAACACUACCCUUCUCUCCCUUAAGAACUCUCCAUCACAGGACAACCCUUAGAACCCAAAAAUUCACAGCCUUCACCGUUUGUGUGCUCACGGAAGAUCCAAAACAUCACACCCACAUGCAAACUGAGGAAGAAGAACCUCUUUCUCUUCAAGGGAAUCACUCUCAAGUUGUGCCAAAACGAGUGGCAGAGAAAUUGGCCAGAAAAAAGUCAGAGAGGUUCACUUACCUCGUUGCAGCAGUUAUGUCUAGCUUUGGCAUCACAUCAAUGGCUGUUUUUGCUGUUUAUUAUAGAUUCGCUUGGCAAAUGGAGGGUGGAGAAGUUCCUUGGUAUGAAAUGUUUGGCACAUUUGCUCUAUCAGUGGGUGCUGCUGUGGGUAUGGAGUUUUGGGCUAGAUGGGCUCACAAGGCUCUCUGGCAUGCUUCCUUGUGGCACAUGCAUGAGUCCCACCAUCGACCAAGAGAAGGACCCUUCGAACUUAACGAUGUAUUUGCAAUAAUCAAUGCUGUCCCUGCCAUCGCUCUGCUUUCCUACGGAUUCUUCCACAAGGGAUUGGUCCCUGGCCUUUGUUUCGGUGCAGGUCUUGGAAUUACGGUAUUUGGUAUGGCCUACAUGUUUGUACACGACGGUUUGGUUCAUAAGAGAUUCCCAGUGGGGCCCAUUGCCAACGUGCCCUAUUUCAGAAGGGUAGCUGCGGCUCACCAACUUCACCAUUCAGACAAGUUUAAUGGGGUGCCAUAUGGGCUGUUUUUGGGACCAAAGGAACUUGAAAAGGUGGGAGGGCUAGAAGAGCUGGAGAAGGAGAUAAGUAGGAGAACAAGAUCAUACAAAAAUAGUUCAUGACAUACUAAUCAAGAGCUGUUUCAAAGAAUUAUCAGUGUAAAGCAGAAAUAGUAAAUGAAAUCAUUUAAAAAUUUUGCUUGCACUUACCUGAUUAUUAUUCACAGCAAGAUAUGAAAAAGAUAGAUAUGAAAUAAAAGUAAUAAACAAAAGGGGGUGGAAGAAAUAAUUGGUGCCUUCAAAAUUGGCUUUCCCUUGGAAAGUAAAUAAGUACACAAAUAAAUAAAAAUGAGCCACCUUGUAUGCCCCAAUUUGGAUGGUGCAGUCAGCUACAUUCCAUAUACUUACAGAGGUAACAGUGUUUGUUGGUCCCUUUGUGUGGGGCAUUAAGCUGUGUAUGCCACUAAAGUGGGAAAGGGCCUAUUAUUCUACACCACCAGCUACAGAUACAUGAAGGGUAGGGUAAGGUUUUCUUGGACUCUAAUGUGGUCCCUCAAUUUCAAUGUGAAUAACAAUAUCAGAGUUUUUGCUUUUGAAUUUUUUCCAUAAAUUGUAAACAUUUGUUAUUAAAUAAUGUAAACAUUAGUAUGUGAUCUAUCCUUU